AUCCCACUUUAUAUAUAUAUCUGCCAAAUACACAUCACAAGCUAGUCACACAAAUUAAGUAAAGCUAGAAAAUGAUUGAAAUGAUCAAGUACUUGAUUGGUUUCCCUGGCCCAAGUGGCUAUGGUUCCAAAUCCACUGCUGACCAAGUAGUCACUACUACUACUACUGCAGAUAUCGACUCAUGUCGUCAUGCUCACGAUGAUGAAUACUCUUCUUCUUGCACCGCCAUCAUCACCGGCGGGACAUCAGGAAUUGGAGCUGAAACAGCCAGAGUGUUAGCAAAACGUGGGGUUCGUCUUGUGUUGCCCACCAGGAACCUAAAAUCCGGGGAAGAGAUCAAGGCUCGUAUCCUGUCAGAAUUCCCAAAAUCCGAUAUCAUCCUCAUGACACUUGAUCUUAGCUCUCUUGGUUCCGUUAGGAACUUUGUUUCCGAUUUUCAAGCCCUCCAUUUGCCUCUUACUCUCCUCAUUAACAACGCUGGAAAGUAUUGUCACCAUCAUUGUGUAUCAGAAGACGGAAUUGAGAUGACCUUUGCCACUAAUUAUUUAGGUCAUUUUUUAUUGACGAAACUGCUGUUGAAGAAUAUGAUCGAGACGGCCAAGAUAACCGGAGUUCAAGGUCGAAUAGUAAAUGUGACGUCCGCCAUCCAUACCUGGGUUUCCGGUGACUUUAUUUCUUCUCUAGGCCGUGAAAGAACCGGCCCAGAUAAAAGUAGUCAGUACGAUGCAACACGUGCAUAUGCAAUCUCGAAGGUCGCUAACAUUUUGCAUACCAAGGAACUUGCUCGGAAACUCCAGCAAAUGGAGGCGAAUGUGAUCGUAAACUGUGUACAUCCUGGGGUCGUGAGAACUGGAUUAUUGAGAGAUCAUCAAGGCUUCAUUACAGAUCUCAUAUUUUUCCUGGCUUCAAAACUGUUGAAGACUGUUCCUCAGGCGGCUGCAACGACAUGCUAUGUUGCAACUCAUUCAAGGUUAAAAAAUAUGAGCGGAAAAUACUUUGUUGACUGCAAUGAAGCUUCACCGUCUAAACUGGCUUGCAAUCCGGAUGAAGGUGCUCGGUUAUGGUCCUUAUCUGAAAUCAUGGUUGAUUUCCGAUCAUGAACCCAACAAAGUGUUAUUCAUGCCGCCAAUUUCCAUGGAUUGAUUUUAUAGCUAAUGUACACAUUCUAUAGUGUCAAUAUUAAAUAAUUAAAGAUAUAAACGGUCGACGAUACUACUCAAUUAAUUGAUUAUGUAUAUUGUUAUA